AUGUGGAGCGGUGUGUGUGGGAAGGUAGCUGCGGAAUUCGAAGCCUGUGGUGCCCGCUGUCCCUCCCAUUCCCCAUCUAGUAACUCUCAAGCUCAGCCCACGUAUCUCCCUGAGUGGAAUCUCGGGCACCAGACCAAUCGAUUCGGCGGUCCGCCCUCCCCUUCAGCGGCUUGGUCUGUGUUUGGAAAGUUGCCCCGACAACAGCCACUUCCGGGACGGGGCUCCGCUAAUCCCGUUCCGCCGGUCCGGCCAGAAUCAGCUGCCCUCUCAGGCUGUGUGGGUAGUUACCCCGGCAGUGGUUACAUACGGGCGUAGAUUGCUGGGCCUCCGCGCACCCCAGCCUUCCCCAUUUGGGUUCAGAACUUGAACUGGCGGCUCCUCGACUCUGUUUCACUGUUGCUCCUAGCAACAGCUACUUCCGGGCCUGAGUGCGGUUUCCCUCGCGCACCGCGGACGCGGGAGCCUGAGGUUCCGGCCUCUGAGCAGCGGUUAGUGCGUCGCGGCUGCUCGCGAUCCAGUGACCCUCGGCCGACCGGACCCGCGGGCCACGUAACUCGGACCUUCUCACCGCCCCAGCGCCUUGGCGGGACUGCCAUGGUUCUGCUGCACGUGAAGCGGGGCGACGAGAGCCAGUUCCUGCUGCAGGCGCCCGGGAGCACCGAGCUGGAGGAGCUCACGGUGCAGGUGGCCCGGGUCUACAAUGGGCGACUCAAGGUGCAGCGCCUCUGCUCAGAAAUGGAAGAAUUAGCAGAACAUGGCAUAUUUCUCCCUCCUAAUAUGCAAGGACUGACCGAUGAUCAGAUUGAAGAACUGAAAUUAAAGGAUGAGUGGGGUGAAAAAUGUGUACCCAGCGGCGGUGCUGUAUUUAAAAAGGAUGAUAUUGGACGCAGGAACGGACAAGCUCCAAAUGAGAAAAUGAAGCAAGUAUUAAAGAAGACUAUAGAAGAAGCCAAAGCAAUAAUAUCUAAGAAACAAGUGGAAGCCGGUGUCUGUGUUACCAUGGAGAUGGUGAAGGAUGCCUUGGACCAGCUUCGAGGUGCAGUGAUGAUUGUUUAUCCCAUGGGAUUGCCACCGUAUGAUCCCAUCCGGAUGGAGUUUGAAAAUAAGGAAGAUUUGUCGGGAACGCAGGCAGGGCUCAGUGUCAUUAAAGAGUCAGAGGCACAGCUGUGGUGGGCAGCCAAGGAGCUGAGAAGAACAAAGAAGCUUUCAGACUACGUGGGGAAAAAUGAGAAAACCAAGAUUAUCGCCAAGAUUCAGCAAAGAGGACACGGCGCUCCAGCCCGAGAGCCCAUCAUCAGCAGUGAGGAGCAGAAGCAGCUGAUGCUGUACUAUCACAGGAGGCAAGAAGAGCUCAAGAGAUUAGAAGAAAAUGAUGAUGACGCCUGUUUAAACUCUCCAUGGGCGGAUAACACUGCUUUGAAAAGACAUUUUCAUGGAGUAAAAGACAUAAAGUGGAGACCAAGAUGAAGUUCACCAGCUGAUGACGCUUCCGAAAAGAUGAGCUCACCUUUCUCCUGGGCACAAUAAUUAUAAUUUAAAAAGCCACCUACCACUCUCUGUAAAAGAUGUUAAAUCUAGUUUUCUUCGUUUUCUUUUAGUGUGAAUUUUUAAAAUGGCAGUUAUUCAAGGUUUUAGAACGUAAUAAAUACACAGUCAGAAG